CGGGCCGCGCGGCGAGGGGGAGGAGGGCUCGCCCCCGCCCGGCCCGAGCGGAGCCUUUUGUUCCCAGCCAGAAGUUUUGCAUGCCGGGACCGUGACAGCUGCGGGCGGGGAGAACGGCGGGGCCGCGGGGCCGGCGGUGGCGGAGAAUAGAGGCGGCUGCUUGACAUGCAGCCCACGGCGCGGCGGCUGCGGGCCGGGGACUGGCGGCGGCGGGGGAGGCGGCGCCCACAGCACGCGGGACUCAGCUGCCGGAGGGACAAACUAACUUCCUGAGCGCGGGACUGGAGGCCGGCGCGGCCCGGAGCCACCUGCCAGCCUGCGGUGAGGCAACCCUGGCCCUCAGGGCGCGCGGCAUGGCGCGGGGGAGCGGGCCGCACUGAGAGAGCCCUUCGACCGGCCCUCGGCCGCCGCUGCAGCCUGCCGGCCUUUCAAAGGCCCGGCGCCGGGCUCCACUCGCCUUGUUUUGCGGCCACAGCGCAGGGCUGUUCUGGGAGCCACAACAAUGCCAUGAUGUUUUGGAGACAGGAAGCCCCAAGCUGGCCCCGAAUGAAGGACUUCCUGUGUUUAAAGUUGCAGGAAUAUCCGCCGACCAGCCCAGUUCAAAUGCAAACACCCGAACUAGGGAGGACGAAUGGCUAAUUCAGACCAGCUGGACUCUCCAGGACUGGAACUGAGGAUAAAAUGAAAGGAAUUCUUAGGAGCUUGGGCCAUACUUGAAGACUGGGAAGGCUGUGCCAUUGUUACUAAGGGACACAGUCGGUAUAAAGCUUCUAACUCUGGGUGAGAAGUGAGUGGAACUAGGUAUUGAAUAAGACUGGGCAAUAUCAAAUGAUUUUUUUUUUUUUUUUUUUACUGACUGAAUUAGAGCGGUGCUCUUAAAAACACACACAAGAGAAGCCAUACAAGGAAUUAUUUUAUAUUUGUUGAUUAAAUUAUACUGCUUAUCUGUCUGCAACUAUGAGGCUGUUAGCCUGUGAGGGAAAAACUGUUCCUCUUAGAAGCUCCCAGAAUGGUUUCAGAGUUGGACUUGCAGGCUUUUUUGGAGGGCAGAUCCAGUUGGUGGUCCUGGGUUGUGAACUGGUAAAAGGAUUUUUAACUUCUGCAGAAUGCAUUUUUGGGUAACCUGUGAAAAACUUUUAAAAGAUUGAUGUUUCAUCUUGAUUGAAAAAGUAUGGGUAAGCCACUCAGCAGGCCAGACUGUUUAAGGCAGAACCCCACCUGCCUGGGGAAAGGAGAGGAAGAGGAUGGCUAUAUAGAGGAUUGUUAUGUUCCACAGAGAUCUAUAUAUGAUACAAUGAGAAUAAAUGAACAAAUUGACCAGGGGUCAAAGCUUAAUCAGACUUCAAAAAGCACCAUGGAAAAGAUGGAAGGAAGUACUAUAUCCAGUAAUGGUACCUUAGGAGCAGCAUCUAAUGUUUUUGAAUCGAGAGCACCAGAAGGCAAAAAGCUGGAUGAGAGAAUAAUAUUUGAUGCACUAAAGUUAACCAGUGAUGUGCAGAAGUCAGCACCUGUUCCACCCAGAAGGCGACCAAAUGCAGAACGCAAAGAUAAUAUUAACAGGAGAUCAUGGAAGUCUUUCAUGCCACCCAAUUUCCCAGAAUUUGCAGAAAGGAUGGAAGCUUCUCUCAGUGAGGUUUCAGAAGCCGGUGCUUCAAAUCCUUCCUUGCAAGAGAAGAAGGAAUCCAGUUCCGCAUUGACAGAAAGUUCUGGUCAUUUGGACAACAGGGAACCUCAGUCAGAGUCAGUGACUCUGGAACAUGUGUCCAAAUCCAUAGAUAUUCCAGAAGUGCAGGAUUUGAAAAACUUAAGUGGAGAGUGCCAAGACUUCAGAUUGCAGCCGCCCAGUGAGCACUCUCCCCGUGAAUUCCAGCCUCUAGAACCAGAAGCUGCAGCAGCAAGUGGUAACACAGAUGUAAUGCAGGAACACAGAUUCUCAAGUGCAACCUGGCCCAGAGCCAUGAAAAGUUUAGCUAAGGGAGGCUUCAUUGAGAAGCAGCACCCCCUUGGGGACACAGCUUGCACUGUGGAAAUGCCACCUCUUUCCCCUUGCCUGAGUGAGGAGCUGUUGGAUCCAGAAUUGCAUUUUCUCAUAACUCCCAGCCUGAGAGAGAAAACAGAGUCUGAGCUAAAGUUUGAGGAGGAUGAGCGAUGGAUAAUGAUGGAAGCUGAGGAGGAGUGGGAGGAAGAGAAACUGUCAGAGAGAGGAAAGACUUUUCUAAUGGCAGAUGAGAAAAAGAACAGCCUGGCAGAUAUUUUUGAAGAAAAAGAACAAGCAAACACUGUAGCGGUGGCAGAGGAUGGAGCGGAUUGUUCAGCUGCUGUCAUAAGGACUUUUGACCACCUAGCUCUCAGUCAGGUUUGCUCUGAUGACCUACAGCUGGCUAAGAAACAUUUGGCUUCUGUUCUCAAGGAUACACCUCUUGAUUACAGUUGUGUUUUCACAGGUGAGAGUGCUGUAGGUGAGCUGACAAAUAGAACUGCUCAGGGGCUGGAGGGUCUUGUUUCUGAUUUAGAAUAUACUGUUGGUCCUAUUGAUUCAGAGCAGCUCUCUGACACAGAUUCAGUGCAGAUGUUUCUUGAACUUGAAAAAGAGUGUUUAUGUGAAGAAGGAGUAACUCCUCUAGUUGAACUGGAGAAGCAAGCCUCUUCUGAAGGGCUGGCCCCAUCCCAGGAUGCAGAAAAUUCACUUGUAAUUAGUCAUUUUCCAGGGACUGACUUAGAAGAGGAACACAUAGGCCUUUUAAAUGUAAGGGUGAAAGACUCUGAUACUGGAUUGGAUUGUGAAUAUUUUAAUGCCCUGGAUUCUUCUCAGGUGCCUAAUGCUGUGGAACUUACUGCCCACUCUGAUACCGUGGGAGACACUUCCACUGUUAGUGAGGAGGAGCAUGACAAAGUGCCUUCUAGCCCCAAGACUGCAGGGGAAUUUAAGUUCAGAAACCCAGGAGAUCUGGAGUCUCUGGGAAAGCUGGACCCAGGAGGAUUGCCCAACUCUGAUCAUAGGGCUUCUCAUCCAGAAGACUUACUAGGCUUUGUAGCUGAGCUGGCCAAAGAAAAUGGCAAUCUGUCCCAGGUAGACUGCGGUCACACUGAGGGGAAUUUUGAGGAGUGUGUUGAGAGGGUCCCCCUCAGUUGUGCUUUUAGCUAUGAACUAACAGAUGUUACCUCAGUAUCUGAAGUAGAGGUGUUAUCGCAUGAUUCAUAUUUACGAACAGAUGAGAUUCAUUUGGAAAGUGAAAAAGGAGCUAUUAAUCAAGAAAGUAACAAUCUGGCUUCCUUGGGAACCAUGGACCCUAGAAUUGUCCAAGGAGAAAGUUUGGAUGAGGAUGGUGAGGUGCAAGAGCUGGGUAAUGAAGCCAAGCUUUCGGAGGACCAAGCCCCAGCACAUUUUCACAGAGCCUUCACAGGGCAGAUCUUCCAAGCUCUCCAGAGGAAGUGCACAGAGUCAGAUGGUCUUAAUCUGCCCCUGCUGGUUGAAGGACCAAGACCUAGCAGAGAUGGCUUGGAAACUGUGAAUGAGACAAAGCCCAAGCUGACUGUGGCAUCAUCAGAGGAGGGGAGGACAGAAAUGAGAGAUUCAGAUUCACUGCUAAAUCUCUUUCUAGAGGAGCAAAUUACCAAGGUUAGUAGUACUGAACCAGUUUUGGAGGGAUGGACACCCAUCCACAGAAGCCUUUCACUGACUGCCUCAGUGCCACUGCAGAAGGGUGCCCUAGAUGCUGCCAGCACUCCUCCCAGAGGCAGACAUCCAGCUGCUGCAGCUACUGCCCCACAGGUGGACACAACAGUUGAUUCAGUGGCCGCCACAGAGGCACGUGUCCCAGUUGUUUCAGUGGCCACCACAGAGGAGGACAUCCUGGCUUAUCCCCCCAGCCGUUUGCAGUGGCUACCACGAGAGAUGAUAUUCCAGAGGGAUCUGUCACCCCAGCUUCUGCAGUGCCUGCUCCAGAGGAGCCUAUUAACCCAGCUGAUCGAGUGCCCACCUCGGAGGAGCCUGCCACCCCUGCUGUUAGAGUGACCACCCCAGAGGCGCCCACAGCCCCAGCUGCUGCAGUGCCCACCCCGGAGGAGCCUGCAGCCCCAGCUGAUAGAGUGCCCAC